UGGGAAAAUGCCGCUAUUACCUUGGCUUCAUUUAACAUUGUUUGUUUGUCACCUUGGUGGAAAUAAUGCUAGAUCUGGUUUUAAAAAACCUUGGAUUAAGCCACCAAUGGACUUAGAAUUGCGGUUUGCAAAAGAAUUAGAAGAUGAUCUAAAAAAUGGAAUAACUGAUGACUUUGGAUUGCAUGAGUUGCUAUUACAAAUAGCAAUUUCUUAG